GGGGGAAGAACACCUCACGCAUCACUUUGCGCGACGCUACGCGACGCUGCGCAAUCCUUCAGUCUUGUAAACUACCAUCUUGAGUCGUGUUCGAAGGAGGGUAAGGGUAUUUUCGGUCAACAUGAUCGUCAUCAUUGGCUGCACCUCCAUGCGUUGCCUAGAUUUUGGCGCGGAUCGUUGCCCCCCUGGCAUGGCGCAGCUGCACACUCGAACGAGAGCAACAGCGCAAAUGCGCCCUUUCGAAAUGUCACUGUGGCUUACUUUCGAGGCCAUUUCAGAGCCUGCUCUCCCCCUCCUUUCUCCCUUUCUCCCUCUCUCCAUCUCUUUGUCGUUGUUUCUGACGUCUUUUUUCCACAUUUCGUGCUUCGCAAUUGCGGAGUUGCUGCCGGUACUUGGAUUUUGACGCUAUUUUUGUGGACAGCAUGGGAUACAAGACAGUCGCAAGCAGCCGUACGACGAGGCUUGAUGCAACACAAGGACAGGAUGGUGUUGCAUCAUCGAGGUCAUCAGUCACCCCGUCAGCGAGGGUCGAUGAGGCCUCCAGGGACCUUGCAUAUCAGUUCCUUCACAUGGACCGCUCUUCACGCCGCGCAACGAACGUCAACCACAUCACCGAAGUUUCCGCGAUGCUUUCACCCUGUGCUGUCUCUUCAGGGCGUCCGAUUUCCUGGACCCUCGAUAUUCCGUUGCAACCUGGAGACCGCCGACACUCGUCGUUUGAAGCAGGAAACAUGCCUAGCCUGGCAUAUCGUGUCAAGCCGCAACAACCACAGCCGCAUAACCCGAGGAAGCACCAGAGGGGAAGCCCUUCUGUUGACAGCCUGGAAGAGCGGCCGGGUUCGACAGAGGAGAGACACUGCAAGAGGAUCUCGGGCGACUCCGGCUAUGGGUCAGAUACGCGGCGCCGAAGUCGCGACCGAAGCGGGGAUGCUUCCGAUCGCCAGAACAUGAGCCUCGGAUGCGUGAAGAUCCAAGCCGGACCAGGCGAAAUCCUCAUCCCCCGCUGUCCAUCACCCCAGUUAGACAGCGACGAGGCCUUGGGCAUCCCACGGCGACGCAAGAGGCAUCUGCGCAGACAUAGCACCGCUGUUGUGACUGCUCCGACUAAUGGAUCAUCUCCCGCAGCAGAACAAGAGAUCGGACCUGCAAAGCAGAAUACGAGAAUGUGCGAGAGGCUAGCGACCCAGAGAGAAAGACUAGCAAUACGCAAGGGGAAGAUGGACACAGAGAAGGAGGGAUUGGAGAAUUCCCUCUUCAAUUCCAUCAAAGGUCUGCGACGAAUGAAAGGAACCACGACUCUGCGCGACCCAGUUGACAGCUCGCGACCCCCAACACCGAAUAUCGGGGUCACGAGAGCGCCCAACACCACUUCACCAAAUGUCCCGCGUGUUCCCGAAGAUAAUCUUCCACAACGACAACCUUCCCUCAUCGGGCCACCACCCAUCCGCAGAAGUUCCACCUUUGCAGAUGAUGAUCUCACUCGGAGGGCAACGAAUCGCUUUUCCCUAUUGGAGGACGUAGAUGGCCACCCCGUCUUCCGUCCAGAUACACGCAUCGCCAAACCGAGCCUACAUCUGGAGACUUCGAUGGACUCUCCCGCAAGGUUCGAACGGCCCAUCCAACCUGCCUCGCUAAGAAUGCCACGACCUGUCUCCGGCCCUCCCAAGCUACCCGUCAACUGGCACGCAAACCUCACGCCUCGACCCUCUUUUCUUCCCGUCGAGGAGCAGUCUGACUCGGCCAACGACAGCGGAGACGCAUCAUCCGUCGAGUCUAGCGUCUUCUCAGUUCCAGCCUCACCAGUAGAGCCAUGCCAACUCGACCGGGAUGAUCCGUUGGCACCGCACAUGGGCGUCAUUGUCGGCAACAUCUUCCAGCGCUACCAAGAAUGGAGCGUCCGCGAAAGGGGCGGCGGACAAGGCCGACGGACCUCGGGCCAGCGCGCCAAUACCAACACGCCCGACUCAGGUCGCUCGUCGAGGAAGCGCUCACACUCCGACGACCUACCGGACCAAGACGCCUCGGACGGCGGGGACUCGAACGUGAUCCCCGGGUUCAAGAAGCCAAAGGUCCCAGCGAACCCCUCGAAGCUAAUGUUCGCGUGCCCCUUUUGGAAAAACGACCCCGAUAACCACCGCCAAUGCUACAAGAAAGUCCUCAGCCAGAUAAAGUACGUCAAAAGCCACCUUUACCGGUUCCACGCCGCGCCCAUCACCUGCCCCUGCUGCGGCGCCGCCUUCCAGGACGAGGAGACACGGGACCAGCACGCGCGUGCACGACGCUGCGAGGUCGUCAACGAGGGGUACAUCACCAACCACGAGGGCCUCUCCCAGGGCCGGAUGCGGCAGGUCUCGAAGCGCGCGAACCCGAGUCAUAGUCCGGAAGAGCAGUGGUUCACCAUCUGGGAUAUCGUGUUCCCCUCCAGGCAACGACCGUCAUCGCCGUAUAUCGAUGGUGUGCUCUCCGAGGACCUCUGCAGCCUGCGCGAGUUCUAUACCAGUGUCGGGACGGAUAUGAUGCUGGAAUACCUGGCCUCCCGAGACCCCGACUCGGGAAACGACGAAAGGAGAGCCGCCAUGUACGACCGCGUCGCGUUCAAUCAGCUACAGGAGAGGAUUUACGAGGCAUGGAUGGCGCGUCGCAGUCUUCGACAGAUUCACGAUCCCAACGUCUCCACCACACCGCCGCGCACAGAGUCCGAUGAAGCAAGCCGUGCCUCCCCGGCCAACGGGGCAUCUUCUACCAGGCGCGAGGACGAUCCAGUGCCACAGCGGACGCAGACGCAGACGCAGACGCAGGCGUCGCAACAUGGUUCGCAAGAGGAGACGAUCGUCCAACCCAUGCCGGUGCCGCCGGAUAUGGCUGUGCAGUUCACAGGCCAGGACUUUGGGGAAGCUGAUUUCAACCGCGAUGAUAACAUGUAUUACGACACGCAUACGCAGGCGUUAUUUGCUGAUUUAAAUGGGUUGUUGCCUAGUGCUGGGCAGACGGAGUUUGACCAGGGCGGUUUUGUACCGCCGUAUAUCAGGUAAGGUAAGGUAGGCGGGUAAUAUAGAUCUGAGUUUUGUGUUUUGCGUUUUGUGCUUCCGACCGGCUCGGAAAUUUCCAUGUCAUAACUUGAUCAACUAUGAGAUCGCUUUGAGAGGAGCAUCUCUAAUUAUUCAUACUCGAUUUAAUCAAACACAGUUCCAAGACGAAAA